AUGGGGAAGUCAAUAAUUUCACAUUAAAAUGGGCAUCCAGAUAUCAUACCAGAAAAAUAUCGUAUUUAAUAAAUUGCAGUAAGCGAGCCAAAAUACUCUCAGUAUGAGACAAAAUACACAUUAAAAUAUUAUGGAAGAGUACAACCAAAUCAAUGCACUCUACAGUCUAAGCGCUUUGCAAGAUCUCCUGAAUAAGGAACAGAAAUUAUUUAAUAAGGAACCAUCCAACCUCAUUAAAGAUAUCAAACUUUUCACUGGAUGCACGGAAUUGCUAUCAAAGAGGGAUUGAGUGAGGAAGCACUUUAGAAGUCUUUCUGUUACAUGGAUGUAGCUCUGUCAACUCUCAAAUUCCACCCAGAUAACCUCUCCUUGAUAGGUAUAUCUUCUUUGAUAUUAGCUGCUAAGGUUGAUUAGAAACAAAUAGAGUCACACUACUUCAUUUAAAAGGUAUUCAAGGAGAUAGAGUAAAUGGAAUACUUUCAGAAUAUUCAAAACCCCAAAAGUAAAAUUAUCAAGUGUGAAAAAGGUAUACUCAACUUCUGUCAGUGGCAAGCUCUAGUGGUUACCCCCAUUGAAAUAACAAAAUUUUUACUGUUUCUUACUAACGCGUCGCAAGACUUCACAGCGAUACUUGAUGAAACGGUAGAAUAUAUACUAACGAUGAAAAUGAUAUAUGAGAUGGCUGGAUAUAGACAGUCAUCAGUCGCGCUGGCAUCUUUAACCAGAGUCCUGGAAAACAAAUAAUAUUUGAGCUUUCUGGAAGGCGUAUUAGAGCUAAUAUUAGAAUAUAACCUCAACUUUAAUUUAGAUGAAGUUGCUGAGUGCAAAACUCAUUUCCAAGGAUAUGAGUCCGACCAGAAAAUUUCAAACUCACCGAUCCCCAACCUGUCAUUGAUUUAGGAAGAGGAUCCAAAUCAAGUUAAUAACUAUUAAAAUUAUUAGAUUAAUCAAUCCCCUGAUAACUAGAUGCAAAAUAAAUUCUCUGCUGGUUUAUUGUCGACGUAAAGCUCUAAUAGUCUUGAAUUUUUGCAGCUCUCACCUUUCAUAAUGGAGGAGGACUUAAUCCUUAAUGAGAACUUUAGAAUGUCUCAAUUUAUGAUAACUGAGAGCAGCGGCUAAGUCAAUUUAUUCUUCUAGGAAGAUUUAAGGGCUUAGUGUCUAAAUGAAAAAAAUUGUGCAAAUGAUAAAUACAUUAUUUAAGAAUCAAACUAGUUAGAUAAUAAGCGUACCCAAAAUACCUUAGCAAAUUCACAAGGUGGAUUUUCUAGUAAAUAGCAUCAUGUAACCUAUUAUUAAACUGAGAGAGAUUAAACUCAAACUAAAGCAUUUUGCUUAAAGUCGAAACAGAUUAAAAAGUAGAAGAAUGAGAUUCAAGAAAUUCGCAAAAACUCCAAAGUAAUGAGCGAAAAUGAUAAUAAUUAAAAUAUUUAAUAUCAAUACCAAGAAAAUAGUACCCAAUACCUAUAAUCUAAAGAUUAUAUGCAAGGGCAACAAAAAUCUAGUGAGAGAAUGCUCCCCAGAAAGAUUAGUGACUUGUCUCGUAAAAAGUUUUAGUGA